GAUGAAUUCAUCGUCAAGUCCUGAUACACCUGCACUUUUUUGGUAGCGAUACGGAUUUGAUUGCUGUUUAUUGCCGGUUGUCGCUAAAUCGUACCAGUUCUCUAAUUACACCUUUCCAAUUAUUGCUGGGUCAAAUUGGCAUAUCUUUGAACCAACUACGAUCAUUCACCUCACACCGAUCAAUACAUCGAGAAGCAAAAGAAGAAAUCAGACAAAAUGGGUCUCGCACUAGCACUCUCCGCCGAACUCACAGGCGUCACCGACCUGCACCCGAUCGACACCCAAGAAGAACCCUACGUGUACUCGUUCAAGGUGCAAUGCACCUCCUGCCGCGAAACGCACCCAAACUUCGUCGAGCUGACGGCGUGGGAAACGCACGAGCUGAGCGGUAGUCGCGGCGAGGCAAACUUCGUGUGGAAGUGCAAGUCGUGCAGGAGAGAGAGCUCGGCGUCGUUCAAGUCUAAGCCAAAAUCCUAUAAUAUCGAGGACUCGGGGAAGUUGAAGAAUAUUGUGGAUUUGGAAGUUAGAGGACUUGAACUUUUGGAGUUCAAAGUCGAGGGCGCGUGGAGUUGUCGGAGCUCGGAGAAUGAAAAGACAAAGUUUGAAGAGAUUGAUUUGCAGGAGGGCGAGUGGUUUGAUUACGAUGAGAAGGCUGGCGCCGAGGUUAUGAUUACAGACAUAAAAUGGGAGAUCCGACGAUCAUAGC